AUGAAAGUCAAGUCUUCGACAGAUAAGAGUAUGAUUAUAAUAAAUUGUUUCAUUUACUUUAUUUUGAAUGUUUCUUACGUCUUUGCAUCUGCAUCGAUUAAGGGCAAGGUUGAUUUAAGACCAAAAUCUUUAACUAUAUCUGACAUAUCAAGAAUAACUUUGACUUUACAUCAAAUUUAUAACUAUAAGAAUGAUAACAUUACAAUAAGUGACACCAAGGAUUCUUAUUAUGCGUCAACGAAAAUUAUAAACACGAGCGGUGACUUCAAAUUUGAUAACUUACCAUUAAUCAAAGGUUUUAACAAGACUACAUAUUUUGUGCUCCAUUCAAACUCGUUGGACUAUAAUCUGAGGCCAAACAGAGUUCUUUAUAAGUUUGUUUCUCUCGACGAGGAUGCAAACAAGUUCAAUGUCACAGCCUAUCAAAAUCUUUUAGGUAGAGAAUAUUUCCCAUCACCUGAAAUUGCGUAUCCUGAAAAUUUACUUGAGAUUAAUGCAGACCCUUACCUUAAUAUCACAUACGUGAGAAACGCUCCAAUGAGGCUAUAUUAUCAACACAGAAAACCAAGUUUCCUGGAGACAGGCAUAAUAGGUAAUAUAUUGAGUUCUCGUUGGAAAACUGCUGCAGUGGUCACUGCAUUGUGUUUGGCAAUUUUCCCAUUGGUGGCAGAAAAACUUGAUCCAGAGACUACGAGAUUGAUAAAAGAAGAGGCAUUGAAGAAGCAAAGGGAGAAAUACCAAUCAUGA